AUGUUGCCCACGAGUGCUGCGAAGCGUGGUAACAGCGGUGAGGAUGAUGGCUGCCUUUCGCGCUUGGGCACGUUGAUUUGCCGUUGGCAUCACUGCCAUGAUCCGAAGGAUCACAAGCAGGAAAGAAUCAUGGAAACUGCGUCUGGAUUUCGAUGUGAACUCACUGUGCAGGGCUUUGCAAAAGACAGCGAUGCUUUCGUGGGCUUUGGAAGAAGCAAAAUUGAAGCGAGGCGAAGUGCAACUCGUCUUUUCGACCAUCCAGAUGUGCAGCGGUGCUGGAGUGAGCUGGACAUGUCGAGCGGGCACGAGAAGGAGCUCAAGAAACAGAGGUGUGGGUGA